ACGAUCUUCCUUCUUCUACGCGCGCGUAUCGUUUCAAACGUUCGCGCCGUUUUGCUAAACCAACACGUAUUGUUGUUUUACUCGAAAGAAUGGAACAAGAUGAAGGAGAGUUAUGGCUUGUGCCUUGAUCGGAAAAGAAGAGAAGCGGGAAGCUUGUCAGGGAUGGGCCGUGUCUGCUUCCAGGGACCUGGAUGAGGGUGUUUUUCUUAAGAAAGUCACGGAUUCUCCUCAGGCUCUCACCCAGGAGCAGAGCCUGGACGAUCCUUUGGCAGUGCUGUCAAAGAGGCAGACCAAAGAGCCAACAGAGGAGGGGGCGGCCACGGAGAACACUCUGGACACGCCCUCCUCCGACCUGUCCACCCUCACUUCUGCCAACGGAAGCCUCCGGAACACGGAGGCUAAUACUGAUGAGAGUUCAGGUUUAGGCACAGAAAAGUCCUGCAGCCCUGACACUGAACUGAACCCCCUCACUGCCUGCAGUUCUCAUGAGGAGGUGGUGCAGCCUGAGGAAUGUACAGCAGUUGCCACGGAGAUAUUUCAGACAGUGUGCACAGGCUCGCAGGACACGGAGAGCAUUUCCCCUCCAGUCGUCUCAGCGGAGAAAGUGGAAGAAACUGCUGGUGCUUCUCCCGCCCAGGCGGCUGCCGAGGCCAGCACGCUGCACUACCCACCAGGGGAGAAUGUCAAAGAGCAGCCUGUUCAGCAGAGCUCCCACCAAAGUCCUCGAGUGGCUCUCGGAGGUCAUGGCACCAUGCCCCAUGGUUUCCAGUACCCGCCUCCCUACUCAAACCUGCCCGCCAGGAACUACUUACCUGAGAACUGCUACACCCUCCCGCUCCACCGAGACUUCGGUCGAAUUGGCCAGAGCACGUCAGUGUGCAACGGCGCAGCUAAAAGAGACGAGGACGGUGCCGACCUGAGGUCGGGAAUCCCUGCCAUCAGCCAUCCUAUGAUGGGAGCGACGCUCCACCUGAGACCCACCCUGGACCUGGCGGUCGAUGACCGCCUCGGCCCACUGUUGAAUCCCUACCUGCAGGACCUGUACAGGAUGCAGACCCUGAUCCCGCAGAAGCGUGCCAGCAUGGUCAGCCUGGACACUAUCCGCAAGGACCCGCGCUGGAGGGACCCCAACCUGCGGGAGGUCAUUGCGAUGCUGAGCCACCCCAUGGACCCGGUCAAAUCCAAUGCUGCCGCCUACCUGCAGCACCUCUGCUACGAGAAUGACAAGGUGAAGCAGGAUGUGCGGCAGCUCCAUGGCAUCCCUGCGCUGGUGGCCCUGCUGGACCACCCCAAGGUGGAGGUCUACCGCAAGGCCUGCGGCGCCCUGCGCAACAUCUCCUUCGGCAGGGACCACUUCAAUAAGGUGGCCAUCAAGAACAGCGAUGGCAUCCCCGCACUGCUCAGGCUGCUCAGGAAGUCCAGCGAUAUGGAGGUUCGCGAGUUAGUCACAGGUACACUGUGGAAUCUUUCUUCUCACGAACCCCUGAAGAUGGUCAUCAUCAACCAUGGGCUCCAGACGCUGACUGAUGAGAUUAUCAUCCCACACUCAGGCUUAAGAGGGGACCCCAAUGACCCUUCUAGGCCUGGAGAUCCAGAAUGGACCACAGUUUUCAAAAACACUUCAGGAUGCUUAAGGAACGUGAGUUCGGACGGGGCCGAGGCUCGCCAGCGGAUGCGCGAGUGUGAGGGGCUCGUGGACGCCCUUCUUCAUGCCCUCUACUCUGCUGUGACUAAGAGGGACAUGAAUAACAAGUCUGUGGAGAACUGCGUCUGCAUCCUGAGGAACCUGUCCUACCAUGUGCACAAAGAGGUGCCCGGGGCGGAGAGGUUCUACGGCAACCCUGCCGCUCCACCUGGCAAGCCUCGCGGCUGCCCAAAGAAGAAGGACGAGCCGCACUGUUUCAGUGGGCGAGAGGAGUGGUUCAAUCACUGCAGGAGACACGGAGCGAGUGACAAGACCUACAGCACGUUGGACAUGCCAAAGCGCACGCUGCCGACGAAAGGCCUGGAGCUGCUCUAUCAGCCAGAGGUGGUGAGGCUGUACCUGUCACUCCUCAAGUUGAGCCACAACCAGAAUACUCUGGAGGCAGCUGGAGGGGCCCUCCAAAACCUGUCUGCAGGACACUGGGCUUGGUCCAAUUAUAUCCGAGCGACUGUGCGUAAAGAGAAGGGCUUGCCAAUUCUGGUCGAACUGCUCCACUCAGAUGCAGAUAAAGUGGUGCGGGCUAUUGCCAUCGCUCUUCGCAACCUGGCCAUUGACCACAAAAACAAAGACCUAAUUGGAAGCUAUGCCAUGAGGGACCUGGUCAGCAACCUGCCCAGCGGCCAGCAGCGUCCAGCCAAGAACCUAGAAGGGGACACGGUGGUGGCAAUCCUGAACACCAUACACGAGAUCAUUACUGACAACCUGGAGAAUGCUCGCUUCCUCAUUCAGGGACAAGGGAUUCAGAAGUUGGUGGCCAUAAACAGGACUAGCCAAUCUGUGAGAGAAACCAAAGCUGCAUCUCAUGUACUGCAGACUGUGUGGGCUUACAAAGAUUUAAGGCAUACAUUGUCCAAGGGAGGCUGGAACAAAACUCACUUUAAGCCAGCAGUCUCUGGAGUGCCCAAAAAGCAGAAGAAUGCAAAGCUGGGUAAUGACGACAUCACACUGCCCUUAAUGGAGAAAAACCAAGAUGCAUACUGCUGCGCCGAUCAAAGUGACAGGGUGGGGGAUGGGCCGUGCCGUAUGAUAGAGCGGGAGACCUUCCAGGGUGCAAAUGAUAAGAGGCAUUUCAUCAGGGCUAGCAGACCAGCUGUAGGACUAGUAGAACGCACUCCCCAGCCCUUGGACUCUUGGGUCUGAGACUAUGUUCGGUGUUUUCUCUGUCUGCAUUGAUGAGAAACUGACAUCAACAAAUCUGCAUCUAAACUGACCUCUACAAAAAUCAUGCUGUGUAAAAAGAAAAAAAAGAAAGCAUAUUUCAGCAUCCUCUGAAAACAGAUAAUGGAUUUUUUGUGUUAUGGAGAACAUGACUGAUUGUGGUUGUCAGUUUUUUCCAUGCAGUGUUUUUUCCUCAGCUGCUAAAAUAUUCUCUGCUUUUAGCUUCUGUCAUAAAUUACCAAUGCCAUUAUCCAAGAUAAUUUACAUACAUGAUCAUCGUAUUGUUUAAGAUUUGAUUAUAAACCAUAUCCUUGUAUAAUUACAUUUUGGGUCAAAAAGGCAUAUUGUAUAAUAGUGAUAGUAUUCUUUAACUGUAGGCAACACAGACAAGUAUUCUAUGUUGUUUUUUAUGUACAGCAAUGAGAUGCAACCAGAGCAUACUAUGGAUAUUAAAUGUGACUAAUAGUCUAUAAAAUAACAAACGAAAAUAACAGAUAUGAUUGUGCCAUUAAUCAAACAAGUAAUUCUUACUUGAAUGAUUUGUUCCUCACCAUGGGUGUUUUAACUGCUUGAAAAAAAUAAAAAUACUUUUUAUCUUUUCUCGUCCUUUAAAGACAAAUGAA